CAGCACGUCAACGGCAAGAUCAUUCAGCAAAACAGAUCUCCGUCAAACAUGUUCACACAAAGGCAACUGUGGACCACCCAAAUGUUCCCGCACAGGCCCCGCCAUCGUGUCCAUGUCCAGGAAAACCCCGGCCCACCGACCCGUAAAUCGAGCGACGUACGCCACUGGAGCCGGCACUGCAGCGACCGUUCAACAGCCGUCCAUCCAUCCAGUCUUUCAAGAUCAAACUGGAACUUGGCAAUACGUGGUGGCCGACCCUGACACCAAAAAAGCCGUCAUAAUCGAUCCGGUCUUGGACUACGACCCAUCCACGCAGACGGCUAGCACGACCUCUGCCGACGCACUUCUCGCGUUGAUCAAGGAAAAAGGUUACCGAGUCGAAAUGAUCCUAGAGACUCACGCUCACGCCGACCACCCCACGGCCGCGACGUAUCUUCGCACGAGGUUGUCUCAAGACCAAAGCACGGCACCGAGCAUCGGCAUCGGCAAACGCAUAGACCAAGUUCAAGACCUCUUUGGUCAAAAGUACGGCGUGCCAACCGUGGAGUACCAAAACGUUUUUGACAAGUUAUUCGAAGACGACGAAACUUUCAAGAUCGGAAACAUGAGUGUCCAGGCAAUUCAUCUGCCAGGUCAUACUCCAGACCACCUUGGUUAUAAAAUUGGAGACAACAUCUUUUGUGGAGACUCGAUUUUCCACGCCGACAUUGGCACCGCCCGUUGCGACUUCCCGGGAGGCAGUGCGUACGACCUUUACAAGUCGACUCAGAAACUACUGAGCAUGGCCAACGACGUGAAAAUCUGGACCGGUCACGAUUACCCCCCGGAGGAUCGUGCCCUGCCACAACCUUACAUGACGGUCCGACAACACAAGACCCAAAACAAGCAUUUGAAGGACGACGUGUCCGAGGACGACUUCGUGGCCAUGAGGAGGGAACGUGACGCUCAACUGGGAGAACCGAGACUCCUACACCAGUCCCUACAGAUGAACAUCAGAGCUGGAAGACUACCGGGUUCGACGCCGUUUGGACAGAAGCUCCUCCAUUUGCCGUUGAAACUAAAGGUCAAGGAGUGGUAA